AUGCCUAGAAAUACAUUUGUUGUUCCCCUCGUAGAGUUAAAUGGAGAUGCGCCUGCUUUUGUGAACGAAGUGGAAGGCAUCAUCCUGGCAAACUCUUCAAAAUCCGAUGCCAACGUCCCUAUAUCUCAAAAGAUAAAUUACCCAGUUCCACAAUCAAUGUUUGGCGGAUCCCCCGUCCCAGACGCCGAAUUGCCAUCCUCGCCGAUUCCUAGAGAUACAUUCCUCACGGAGCCACAACCAACCAGGGAAUUCCAAAUAGAAUUCCCAAAACGCACUGUACGCAAAAUUGAACCCGAGAUCGGUCUUUCCAUAGAGGUACCGCCGCAUGAAGAUCGCACUUUUAACGACGUGGACCUAGAUGACCCUUAUGCCAACACGGCCGAUAUCAUUAAAGACGAGUUAAGACCUGCAGAGGAUAAAGGCUUCUCAGGCUUGCCUAACACCAAUUUCGAUCUGGACUUUGGGCCAGAACGUAUCGGACUUGAAGGCUAUGAUGAUCCCGGGAUGCCGCGUGACUCUCCAAGGAAGGCAGAUGAACGUGUAAUUAACCCAUUUAGCACAAAUGAAUGCCAAAACCCUUGGUCUGUUGACACUUCCUCCACCGAUACACCCCCUCCCCCAGCCACCGACCAUCUGCCUCCUCCCAAAACAGUCCGGGAAAUGCUCUAUUGGUUUGUUGGAUUAAAUACAUAUGGAUUCAUUGGGAUGAUUACUGAGUAUGUUGAGUGCCUUUUAAAGAAUGCUAACAAGAAUGCCUUUGAUAUGCAAGAUGCCCUCGAGGUCACUGGGGGUCCCAUCACCCUGACCGCCUCCAUGGUCACCACCAAACUGACCGAGGCGUGCCUCUACUCGGCUGUCGUAAUCUACAAGAUUACCCAUAACAAUGACUUCGAAGCCUUUGCUACCUUCGGCUUUGAAUCAGUAUAUAGUAAGUUCCGUUACUCCCCCGACCCCGCCUGUCUCCUCUGCCAGCUGCGUGACUACGCGUACGCCUGCUGCCACCAGUUGGCGUUCCUGAAGGCGCAAUGUAAUCGGGACAAACUAAGUGGUGGGUGGCAAGAUUGUAAGUACGGCAGUGACAUCAAGACACCCUCCCCCCUCCAGGCGUUCCUGACUGACGACUGGGACUCCACCUUCAAGACGCACCCCUUCGACCCGUGCAACCUGUGCCUCAAGAGCAGGGUCAGGAUGGGAUUUAAGAAAGAGGAUUUGCCUAAGGAAUCACAACUGGGCAGUACCCUUUCCACCAUCCUCACUCCCAGCUGCGGCGGAGAGGAGUAUGAUGCGCUGCACGGCACGAAAUGGUAA